AUGACUCCCAAUGAUCCUACUCAAGGUAGGCUGAGUGAGGUCUGAGGGGUAAAACGUUUCCAGAAUCCUUUGUGGGGCUGGUGGGGGGAGCAAUGCGCUUUAAAGGUAUAAUAUGUAUGCAAAAUGUUCUGCGUUAUUUUAAAUUUUGUCCUUAAAAUUAAAAAUGCAUAUAAUCCAGCAGCAUUUUUCAGGUGGAAAACUGGGCCAAAAAUCUUUGAAGUUUUUUUGUGUGUGCGCACGCCAUCUCAGCAGUCCAAUACUUGUUGACACAGGAAUAUUUUUUCUAUAUGUAAGCAGCCUUCUUGACCAUGUGUGUGUAGUCCCCUUUUUUGUGGAGAAACAUUUGUGGGCAUCAGCUUUCCGUGAUGUUGACAGCAGCAAUAAUUGCUACAAGCUGCAUCUGUCUAUCACUCAUUGGUUGUCUCAAUGCCCCCUCCCCCCCCCCAUUUCAUUCAAGUUUCCCCAGGAUGGCUGAGGCUGCUCAUCAACUGGAGACAAAAUUGAAAGUGAGCACCUCAGAAGUGAGAUUUGAAUGCAGCCUCCCUGGGUUAAAAAUAUUCUAAGCCUUCUCGUCUUCCUGUUACAUUUUCAGUCCUGCUUACAGAAACAGCAGAUCAUGCAGUAAAACUGAUUUUGGACUCCACCAGUUUAAGACGGCAGGUGGGGAAUUCCUUGAAUAAAUCUCCCUCAAAUUAAAAAGAAAAAGCAAGAUAAACCUAUUUGCGCAUAGAAAACUAGAUGUCUGGGAGACAGGUUUCCUAGCCCAGCUCUCUGUGUGACAGGAUAGAUUUCUGAUUGCAGAGAUUUCCUUUUUGCAAGGGGCAGCAUACAAACACACACACACACACACACCAUUCAAUUAAAAUUUUCCAUAUCAAAUGAGUAAUGCAAGAAUGGAGAACCUCAGGACCAAGGAAAAGGGGGAAACACAGUCCUCUGCGCCUCUCUUCUCACUGGCUUUUGGAACCUCCUCAGGCCUCACCCUCCACAGAUUCUGCUUUGCACCCCAAGUGCCUUUGCCUGGCUGGAAUAUGCCCUUGAACUCAGCUGGUGCCUCUUUUGUGUCUAGAUGGAAGAUAGAGGGUGUGAGAGUUUGGAGAAACUACCGUAGCCUAAGGUACAAAGGCAAACUCUAUAUGCAUUGCUCCUGCUGAACCUCCUGCCCCACCCAGAAGGUUCCAGGUGGCCCCUGGAAAGUUAGCUAGAAGGGAAUGUGGCCCUUGAGAUGAAGAAAGGUCCUCUGCUUCUGGCAUAACAUUCAGAUUGAUGCUUCGUGUGGAACACGCCCUUCAGAGUCUGGGUUGCCACCAGAAACCAUUUAAACAACCAGCCCCCAACUUUUCAUUCUCUUAAAACAAUAAUCUUCCUGCUAAUCAAUGAGCAAUCGCACCUUUGUGUGCUUAUGCCUCGGUGAGCAAAUUCAGGUAAUUUCGGAGAAAGGUGGCACAGUCACUCAGGAGAAAAUUAAUUUAAAACCCCUUUUCAGAAUGUUUCUUGAAUCUCAGUGUCAUAGCUUUUUUGCUUUUGCAUAUGCCUCAUUAAGUAAAAUCAUCAUCAAUAUUUUUGUGUGUGUCAUAAUGUCCUCCUUUUAAUUCCUGCUUAUCUUUCAGGAGAAGCCCUUCUCAGCAGCAUUAGUGACUCUCAUAACAAGAGACUGGAUGUUUCCCUACAGCUUCAGUUGAAUUCUUGUACACGCAACAAGAAUAUACCUCGAUCUGGCUCAGCUAAGGCCUGCCUGUUGCGAAAUCCUUCCUCCACUCCCUUUUUUACAGCUUCUUCUCCCCAGCCACCAUGCAACAAACAGCGGCAGCGCGCAAGAAGCUGGCAUGAUCUACAAUAACCAGUUAGAGGGAGCAGGACUUGGGAGUGGGGGGAAGGGAAGGGGAUGGGCAGACCUCAGCCUCACUACACUAGAGCCAUUGUCUGCUGAACCUCGAAGAAAAAAAAAAGCAUGGCGCAUGAGGGUGCAAGGGGUUGCAGCAGCAAACGGCAAAGGCAGCAGGAGGAGGCCGCCAGUCAGGAGAUGGGGGGCUGGAUGGGUGGGUGGGUUGAAGGUGAGGAAAUCUUCCUAAUGUGAUCAAUCGGGAGAGGUUGCUCAACGACAACGGAAAUCCAUAAAAGAGCAAGAUGUGUGCAGUCUUUUAGGGUAAAUGAACAACAUAAGCAUGACUGGAAGCAGCCGGCAGAGACACCCCUCAGUCAGGGAAACAGAAGCACAAGGCGAAGCCAUCAAUGGUCGUUUUUUACAAGGCUUCUUUCUGCGCUCAAGCAUAUUGUUCCAUCGCUUCCUCACACAACUUCCUGAUCAUUUCAGGGAAAUGCUUUUCAGAAACGGGAUGGUCCUUCGUAUUUUUUUUUUCAUGCCUGGCUCAGGGGUACUGGAAUGAUUAUGCCUCAGCCAGCUGCAAGAGAAUCUGUGAUGCUUCCUUGUUUUUAUAGAUACUUAAAAUAGAGUAUCCAAAAUUACAAACCGAUUCCCCCCACCCCAAACCCCACCCACGUCUGGCAACAUGACUUGUCAUCCCCACCCCCUAAGUAAGCUAGGGUGUAUCUGCCUCCCCACCCGGCCAGGUAAUAUCUGGCCAGCCGGGCGGUACUUUUACCCUUAGUCGUUAAUUUAAACGGUGCCUGCGUUUCACUCCAAGUGAGCAGCAGCCAUUGUUUGCCCUUUUGGAUGAAAGAGGAAGCACAAAAAGGUAGCUCGCAACCUUCCUUCCAUGCAGGUCAUGGGAUGCCUCGUGGAUGCCUGGGCAAAAACUGUAGCAUAUUUCUACUCGAGGUCUGCAUAGGUAGGCCUCCCGUGGGUCUCGCUGGCCCGCUGCCUCUAUGGCGUGAUCAUUUCUCAAGUCAGCGGGUGCGAGGAAAUUCUCCAAGGAAAUGCAGCCUUUCAUUAUUUUAUUAUUAUUUUUUAAAAAGAAAAUUGCUCUUACUGGAAACGCCGCAUGCAAAAUCGCCCCCCCCCCCCUUGCGGGGAACAAGAAUGUAUCCGAAUCAUAAUUUACAUGCGACUUUCUUCUUCUUUUCUCCCCCCCCCGCCCCCUCCCGGUGCGUGUGGGUUUAAUCGCUGGCUUUUCCUUUUCCUAUGUAAGCACGGCUCUCUCCGAAGGCGAAGAAAAGAGGAAGCCGGGAACUUUAAGGGCGGCGAAAGAGUUAAGUUAUUCAAGAUGACAUCACUGCGAUUUGCAUAGAAUCGGGGUAUAACUGGUCACGCAGGGGGAGCGCCCUUUUAUACGACGGUCCAGAGCAGCUGCUGCAAAGAGCGGAAUUGUACCUGAAGAGAGCGCAUCACUGGUGAGGCUCUGGUCUUUCAUUAUUUCUUUCCCGGUGGUGGGGGUUAUUUGAAGGGUAUCUCAGCACCCCAUUUUCCGUCCGCAUGUUGCCGUAGGCUUGGAUUUUCGAGGCAGUUGAGAUUUUGAUCUCCGCUUUGUUGAACGCACACACACCCAGGGCUUCUUCCUGAAUGCACCAGGCGGCGGCUUAAAUGCGUGGAGAAACAAACUUUAUCGUUACUAUUAUUAUUUUGCUAUCAUUUUGAGCGAGGAGGUUCUGCCCACCCCCCACCCCUGGACCCUGAUGUUUGCCGGAGGGGAAGAGAAUGGCACGCUGGACAGAUCAAGGCACCUUGGUUCGGUUUCCUUGCCUGCUUGCUGCGCUUUCCUUGGAGAGGCGCGUUUUUGCGCGUGUGCGCGCUUCGAAACCUCAAGCCAGGGGGACUUGGGGCGUGAUCGGAAAGGUGGAGAGGGGAAGAUGCGGGCGGGGAGGGGGAGGCAUCCUCGGACGACCGGCUGCUGCCGCCCCCCGCAUGUUGAGCGACAAAAGAGAGCAGCUCUUUGUUUUCCCGGCGAGCAGCCGGCGCUGUGGAUCUGGCGGUCCCGGGAAGGAGCAAGCGAGGGGGCGAGAGAGAGGGAGAGGAAGGGCGGUGGUUGGGGCUGCAGCUGCAGCGCGAGCUCUUUGUGCCGAGGGAAGAAUGCAGGGCUCCCUCCAAAUGUGCUGGGCAGACCAGACACUAAGAUGGAAGAAAGUGAUUAGCAUAGUCUCGCUCGCUUCGCUUGGUGGCAUUGUGUGCAUACACGCAGGCGCUUUUUUCACCAUCCUCAUCCUUUGCUUGCUUCAUUCUCAGUGCGGUUUUCUCUGCUGUUCUUUCCACAUGCAAUAAGGCUAGUGGGGAGAUCUUAAAUGGAGCAUAUGCAUUACCACCACCACUAAAACAAUGAGUAUUGCUUUUUUCUUUUAAACGAAUUAAUUGAUUUUCACCUGGAACAAAUUCUGUUUUUUAAAUUUUAUUUUAAAGCCUUUCGAUUAUCUCCACCCCCACCCUUCUGAGGCUGAGUCCCCAGUGGUGCAAUUUUAUUUUUUUUAGGUAAAAUGAGCUCAUAUGAAUAUAAGUAUAUAGAGACCUGCCUUUUAAAGUAAGGGGGUUAGUAGUGUUGCACUGAAUCAGGAAGGAGGAGCUGAGAUGGUUGGAGUGAAUUCAAGCGGUUUUGAAAAGGGGUGGGGUUGGGGGGAGAGGAAGGAAGGGUGGUGCAAUCUCUAACCAUCUCUUUCCCCUCUUUUGUGUGUGUGCUUGUGCGUGCGUGCAGAUCAAUCGGCAGAUAUGUCUGACAAACCAGAUAUGGCUGAAAUCGAGAAAUUCGACAAGUCUAAGUUGAAGAAGACGGAAACGCAAGAGAAAAACCCACUGCCUUCAAAAGAAAGUAAGUGGAUCUUGGGAAAUGAGAAGAGGGCGUGGGCCGCUGGAGACAAAGAGAAGGCAGGGCUGAGCCAGGCUCCUUCAGCUAUCCUCCUCCUCCUCUCUUGCUGGAUGGGGUUUCAGUGCCUUACAGGAUGCUGUGCAAUUUAUGUACAAAUGGAAGCAUUAAAUACAGUACACAAAGAUAUUUUAUGAAAAUAAGGGGACUUUUAAGCACAGUAUGCAUUAAAUGCAAUAUAUUGAAAGAAUUUUUUUAAAAUAGAUUUAUUCAACAGUGUUUAAUUUUGAAGAAUUUUAAAUGAAUGGGGUUUUUUAAAACAAUAUUGCGAUUCCUAUUUAACUGCAUUUCAAAUGCAUAAUCCUUUUUUCUUUUUCUCCUUUCCCCCUUUUGCAGCAAUUGAACAGGAGAAGCAAGCGGGUGAAUCGUAA